AUGCAAACCAUCAAAAAGACCGUCUACGAGCAGGGUCCACUGCAGCUCUGGAAAGAAAACAAGUUUGUGAUGCAGAGAAGUACAACACAGUUUUUGUCAGAGGACAAAUAUAUCACCUGGAGAAUGAGUCCUUACAACAGCACAGCCUGGAAUAAGCACUUCUACAUCCCUCUUCUGCCCAAGAGGGAGGAGGCUGCCAAUAUGCUGCGCAGGCUGUUGCAGCUCUCACCACUGUCCCUGCAGCCUGUGUGCAAUGUGAUGGGGAGGGGACCCUUCCAGGGGUACUACAGUCCCUGCUCUGGGCACCACUACUACCUAGGGAUGGACUACUACAUUGAUGGGGCCCCCAAGUAUCCUAUGCUGCAGUUACAGCCCCAGAGCAAUGGUCUGUCCAUCUACACAUCAUCCCAAGCCAUCCUCCCUGUACACAAGCCCUAG